CCGCACUUGCUUUUUCUCAGGACCAACGCGAUGGCAAAGUGGUAGCAUUGACGCAGCCAUUGACGCAGCCAUGAUCACAUCAAUAGCUGAUCAUUGGGAUGGCUGGCCAUUACUGGACGCAUUCGUCUCAUCCCUCUGUCUAGCCCUUACUCUCCUACUCUAUCGGCGCAGUAGCUCUCGUCCACACGAUAGGAAACAGCCCCUCCGUACACCCGUCACUUCAUCGUCCUCGCUUCCUCCUCCCUCAGCAUGGCUCGUCCCGUCCUAUAUCCAUCACGCCCGCAUGCUACCUCUAGCGUCGAAACAUACAUUCAGAUACCCAACCCUCUACCUUGCCGUCCAGUUGGGCGCGCUCGAGGCCGGGGAAUGCAAUGUAGGAGCACAGGGCAGAUUAUUCAGGUGGAAUGCCGGAUCUAAGAGCAACAGAUGGGCAAUGACAGCGCUGGAAGCAAUCGACUAUUUGGGAUCAAACGAGGAGACGAGCUGGUUAGCAAAACUGGAGCUGGAGCUCAGGCAACGACAUUGGCUUGCAGCGGGACAGACCCUGGACGCAGAUGCCUACGAGGUCUGGGCGAUCAGCAUGCCCAGCUACUUUGGGUUUCACGGCAUCAAUCCAUUGACUGUGUACUACAUCUACCGCAAGGAGCACGGAAGGCGCGGUCAGUUUUGGCUCUGCCUGCUUGAGGUACACAAUACAUUCGGCGAGCGACAUCUCUACGUGUUGCCCGCCGAUGAGGGAGAGGACCGCGAGGGUGAUGAGAUUCUUGGCAAGCCUCAUAUCGAACCUCUCGCCCGCGGCGACGGUAUUUCAUAUCGCGUCCAGCAUCGCCGCAGCGAUUACGAGCAUCAAUGGACCUUCCCGCGGUCUUUUCACGUCAGCCCCUUCAACGACCGAGGAGGCUACUACCGCCUCUUUCUAAAGGACCUGUGGCGAGCAGGGCAGGAAGGGCUUCCCACGUUGGAUGUGCGAUUAUUACUUAUGGAGCCUGAUCUCGCUGGUACACAGAUGACGAAGGAAGAAGCAGAGGUUGACGACCACCUUUCAGAGCAAGCACCAGCACAACUAGCAGCGCAGCCACCCCUCAUCCUUCGCAAGAAGAUCCUCGCCACUCUCAAUUCAUACCCGCACGACGAUGGCCGGUCCAGCAAAGCACCUCGACCCCUCACGGCCUCACAUCUACUCUCCCGCCUUGCCCGCCAGCCACUCGAUCUCGUCCUAACCUUCGCGCGCAUAGCCUGGCAAGCCGCCAAAUUGCACUACGGUCGGCCGCGACUGGACGUGUACAACAAGCCGGAGCCGAGUGUCGUCUCUGCUAGACGAGGGAAUGGCGACGGUGAAAAGGGGAGCAGCAGGACGUUGAGGGGAAAAGCCUUUGAUGGUAUCGGCUGGCCUCCUUCGCUCAAUGCUACGCAGCUAGAGCGAGAGGGGCAGCAAGGGUCUCCAGGCAAUGAAGGCAACGGGGCCCUCUUCUGGCCGAGCCCUACGUCGAGCGAUGAAGAGGGCAAGAGACGAUUCGUCGCUCUCGUUCGACGCUGUACCGUGCCCGUCCGCCUGCUCUACCCGGAUGGUAGUACGGAGGAUCUCCCUUGCACGGACAACACGACCGGAAAGAUGUUGGACAUCUUCCUGCUCUCCCCUGCCUUCUUCUCCGAUCUCUUGCUCUACCGUACCCCGCAGUUGGCAUUGCUCAUGGGAUCGAGAGUGGGUCGAAGAUGGGGAGUGAGCGAUACGCGGCUCUACGAGGAGGUCUUUGCCUCCGCUGCAGAGGGCAUGGAUACGAAGGCAGACUCAGCGCCUUGCUGGCAGCUCAAAGCCGCACGCUGGGCUCGUUACAGGCACGAGCGCUGGGCAAGACGGCUCGCGAGCGACUCUUCGCCUUCGUCGACGCACGAGAACCAGCUUGAUAUCGUCCUCCCGCCCACCUUCAAUCUCUUCUGGUCUGUAUACACACAGCACCUCGCGCUCGCGUUGCAGGAGAUCGUCUUUCGCUGGCUCAAGGCGCGCUACGUCCCUGGUACAGAGCCUUGGUACGAAUGGAGGCAAGGUGUGGCGCUGCUAGAGGAGAAGGAGGAAGAGGGUGGCGAUACUGUUGUUGCGCGACUUUGAUUGUUCAUUCCUGUCGAGGAUGGUACCGCAUCGCAUUGUAAUGUCAACUAUGAUCGCACCCGG